UCUUCCUCUUGCAGUCGCGCUUCGAGUCCGCGUUUCCGGACUUUUCUGACGCGGCGGCGGGCUGUGAGCGAAAGUGCGAGUGCGAACGCGCCGACGCGCCUGGGGGUUGGGGAGGGAGGUGGAGGCGGCCUCCCGACGACAACGACGACAACGACGACGACGACGACCACGAGAGCGGACGGAGGCGGCGCCUGAGGCGGCGCUGGAGCCCAUGCCCCGGGACGGCGCGAUGUCCCCGGGGCCCCCGUGAGGCGGCGGCCAUGGAGCUCCCGCCGCAGGAGGCGCCGCCAGGCCCGGGCGGGGACGGCGACGCCGGGGAGGCCGCUGCCCACCAGCCUGGGGGCUCUGGCAGUCCCGCAUCGCCCCCCGCCGACGGGCGCCUCAAGGCUGCGGCCAAGCGCGUCACCUUCCCGUCCGACGAGGAUAUCGUGUCCGGCGCGGUGGAGCCCAAGGACCCCUGGAGACACGCCCAGAACGUGACCGUGGAGGAGGUGAUCGGUGCCUACAAGCAAGCCUGUCAGAAGCUGAGCUGCAGACAGAUCCCCAAGCUCCUGCGGCAGCUGCAGGAGUUCACGGACCUCGGGCAUCGCAUCGACUGCCUGGACCUGAAAGGCGAGAAGCUGGACUACAAGGCCUGUGAAGCCCUGGAGGAGGUCUUCAAGAGGCUGCAGUUCAAGGUUGUGGACCUGGAACAGACGAACCUGGAUGAAGAUGGCGCCUCUGCCCUCUUCGACAUGAUUGAGUACUACGAGUCGGCCACGCACCUCAACAUCUCCUUCAACAAGCACAUCGGCACCCGCGGCUGGCAGGCUGCUGCCCACAUGAUGCGCAAGACCAGCUGCCUGCAGUACCUGGAUGCCCGCAACACACCCCUGCUGGACCACUCGGCACCCUUCGUGGCACGGGCCCUGCGCAUCCGCAGCAGCCUGGCUGUGCUGCACUUGGAGAACGCCAGCCUGUCAGGGCGACCCCUCAUGCUGCUUGCCACUGCCCUCAAGAUGAACGUGAGCCUCCGGGAGCUACACCUGGCCGACAACAAGCUCAACGGGCUGCAGGACUCGGCGCAGCUGGGCACCCUGCUCAAGUUCAACUGCUCCCUGCAGAUCCUUGACCUCCGUAACAACCACGUGCUGGACUCAGGGCUUGCCUACAUCUGCGAGGGCCUCAAGGAGCAGAGGAAGGGGCUGGUGACCCUAGUGCUGUGGAACAACCAGCUCACACACACGGGCAUGGCCUUCCUGGGCAUGACGCUGCCCCACACACAGAGCCUGGAGACCCUGAACCUGGGCCAUAACCCCAUUGGCAACGAGGGCGUGCGCAACCUCAAGAAUGGGCUCAUCAGCAACCGCAGCGUGCUGCGCCUCGGUCUGGCCUCCACCAAGCUCACAUGCGAGGGCGCGGUGGCAGUGGCGGAGUUCAUCGCUGAGAGCCCCCGUCUCCUGAGACUGGACCUCCGGGAGAACGAGAUCAAGACCGGCGGGCUCAUGGCGCUGUCCUUGGCCCUCAAGGUGAACCACUCCCUGCUGCGCCUGGACCUGGACCCCGAGCCCAAGAAAGAGGCGGUCAAGAGCUUCAUCGAGACGCAGAAGGCGCUGCUGGCCGAGAUCCAGAACGGCUGCAAGCGCAACUUUGUGCUGGCGCGGGAGCGUGAGGACAAGGAGCAGCAACUGCAGCUGUCGGCCUCCAUGCCCGAGAUCAGCGUCACUGAAGCCCAGCCUGAGCAGCUGGAGGGGCCGCAGGCCACCCCCGCUGCCGCCCAGAAUGGGGGCCCAGAGCCCGGGCCAGGCCCAGAUUCGGAAGAUUCAGACUCAAACUCUGAUGGGGAGGAUGAGGACGAAGAUGGGGAGCGGGACGAGGCUGGCGAGCACACCAGUCCACCGGCACCUUGUCCUGCCCUGGUGCCCCCGACAGACUCCCUGGGCCCUGGGGACAGCAACACCCCUGGAGCCCCCUCCUCCCCCUCCGAGCAGCGUAUCUCCGUGUCCAGCCCGGGCCGGGGCCACAAGGUGUUUGUGGUGACCCGAGUGGAGAGUCCACCGGAGAGGGCAGAGCCCCCUGUACCCCCUUCCCCACCCCCUGCAUCCCCACCGCCCUCACCUGUCCUGCCGCCGCCAGCUGAGACCACCAACCCCCAGGCCCUAGAGCCGACUGAGCCGCAGCCACAACCACCACCGCCUCUGGCAGGACCACCACUGCCCAAUGGCCUGAAGCCCGAGUUCGCCCUGGCAUUGCCCCCAGAGCCGCCCCCAGGGCCUGAGGCCAAGGCAGGCCGCUGCAGCCUGGAUCACGAGCUGAGCUGCCCCCAGGAUGACAGGGAGCUGGAGGAGCUGCUUCUGGAAGCCAGCCAGGAACCUGGGCAGGAGACACUGUGACUGUAGUUCCUUUCUUCUGGUUGGGCUCUGCGACAUGGUGGCCAGAGCCACGAGAAGCUGCUCGCCCUCGUCGCCAGCCUCCCGAGGCCCAGGGCGCCAGGCGCGGGGACCGCUCCCUCCAACACUACAGGGCAGGAGCCGCCGGCGUGGCCCUCCCGCCCGGACUUCAGCACUUCUAUUUAUGUGUCCCUGCCUGUCCGCUCACUCCAAGACUGGAAGACGUGGCCGGCUCGGAACGGAUGAGACGACGAGGAGGAGAUGACAACAACAGUGGCCUCCAAGGAUAUCAGGCCACCGGGCAGGCCCAUUGUAGAGGGGCCUGUCGGCCAAGCCUGCUGUUGAGGCGGGAUGGUCCCCGGUGUCCAGGCCCAGGACUGGGCAGGAGGCGCGGCGUGAUGAUGGUGGUGGUGGUGGUGGUAAUUGCUAGAUGAGCCCCAGGCAGGGGGUGGGGGGCUGGGCGUGCAGGAUCGGAGCUUUCUUUUCUUAAGUGCAAUAAAUCUAUCAGGGAGCGGGGGCAGGCAUCGGCGCAGUUCUGGGGACCCUGCUGCCUGGGCCGCGUGAGGUGCCCCCAAGAGCACUACAGGCUGUGGGAGGCUGGGAGGGCAGGGGCUGGGGAGGGGCUGCUCCUG